AUUAUUUAGGCGGCUACUCUGAGUAUUGUGUUACACUGUAUUCAACUGACCGGGGAACAUUCUUAUGAUGAAUACAAACUACCCUCCAUCUCGUCUUCAAGUAUCAAGUUUGUCAUGUAAAAAUAAGUGUGGUUUUUAUGGGAAUCCUUCAUGGGAUGGAUAUUGUUCCGUGUGCUAUCGCAACGCUCAUCAAAGACAAUCAAAUUUUCGUCAGGCUUCCUCCACUUCAUCACUUUCAACUCCAAAUUCAGAAGUAGAGGUUAAGCCCAAACAUAGCACUGGAAGGAAUACAACUUCUAUCAAAAAUAUAUUUAAGGUUCCUCGAGGUAAGGAACGGCCAUUCUGUAAAAUAUCUCAGAUGAUAACCGGGACCAAAUUUCAGUGAACCCAGAAGAGUGUCUACUAGCCGAAAAAGAAUUUAAAACAUUUCUAAACACCCUUCGAGCCUCUGCAAAUGCCGACAUUUCCCGCCAUGUUUCAAAGCUUAUGGAACAGUUGGAGCCUAUUCGAAGUUCAAAUAUUAAUCAAGCUUCAAUGAUUGUGCAAGACUUUUAUCACAACCUUUCAAACCGUAUUUCAAAUAAUCCUAUGUAUUCAAAUUUGUCACCAAAAACCAAAGAAUCUGUUUUAAACUCAGUUGAACGUUUCGUUACAACUUGGAUUUAUUUUUGGGCUUUCGCUUCACCUACAACGGAUGAUGAAAAUAUAGAUUUGAAAUUACAGGAAAAAAUUCGAUCAUUGCAUUGGGUAACUCCCUACUUGCUUGAUUCUCCGAUUAAUCCUAAUUCGUCAGAGGAACUUGCCCAUUUAGAUCUAGCAACAUUUGCUCUUAUCAAAGUGAAUACAUUACUUGCAUCUGAAGAUAAAUUAAAUCAAAUAGUUCAAUGUUGUCGUAGUGUAUUCGAUGCAUUAAGAGCUCACUAUCGAAAUUAUGCCGCUAUAACACAACAAUAUUUAUCUAACAAUAAUGAUAAUGAUAAAAGCCCAACACCUGAUUAUAUGCCUAGUCAAAAUGAAAAUAACAAUUCAACUCAUGUACAAAAUAAUGUCAUGAAUAACUCUGUGAAUAUAACUAAUAAUGUUGUAUUUGAACAAGAAGAUACCGCUAAUGCUGACGAUUUUUUACCGACACUAAUUUGGAUUGUACUGAAUUCAAAUCCACCAUUAAUCUAUUCUAAUUUACAAUUUAUUAUGAGAUUUGCUAAUCAGAAUAGACUGAAUAGUGGUGAAGCUGGUUAUUUCUUCACGAAUUUAUCGUGUGCUGUUCAUUUCCUGAGAAAUCUAACUCAUGAGUCAUUAAGUUUAUCCGAGGAAGAUUUUAGUCGAUGUAUGCGAAAAGGUUUAUUAUUAAUCAGACGUCCUGGUGAACCAUUAUCAGAAAACGAAAAAUUAUUAAUGGAUAAUGGAAUUCGUCUUGCAGAUUUAGAAGAUAGCCUAAAUGAUUUAAAUACAAAAUUAGAAUCAGCUGAAUUGGAUAUGAAACGAUUUCAUGAAUAUUUUCAUUAUGAAAUAAAACAAAUACGAACAAAUAUUCCAUUGAAUGUACGUAUAGAUGAUUUAGAUUCACGUCAUUUAGAAAAUCCACAUAUUUUAUUAUUAGGUCCAUUAUGUAAAUCAAAUCGGCAAAAUCAGUCAUUACUAGACUGUGAUUUGGAUGAGGCUACAAAUAGUCUAUUACCAGAUCCCAUACAACCGACUCCAUAUGUUGCUGUUGAUCAUUGUAAAAAAAGUGUAUAAAUCCAUAUACAUCUAUUAACUUAUUUAUAAGUUUUUUUAAAAGAAAUAAUAUUAACUUUUAAUUUUCAUUUAAUUUUAAUUUAAAAAGAACGGUUAUAUGUCUUUCGAAAGGUUUUUAUGGAUGUAUAGUGUAAACAAUCAAUAAAUUAGUGUAUAUUAAA